AUGGCGGUCAUGCACCCAUCACAUAGUGGUAUCUCGGGCCAGCCUGAUGUGCCUCAGAACAGAGGAGCGCAGCUCGCCGAGUCGGAGCAUCACUAUUUUGGUCGACUAGGUCGACUGACGCCAAAAUGGAUCGAGGAUCUGUUGGCGGGACCGCUCAAGCAAGAUGCGCCCAAGGAACUCGAUAUCGGGUGCGCCGCCGAAGCUCCUGAACCUGUUGCUUCUAAUGGCAGGGUCGAGAUGAUCAGAGAUCGUCACGAGCUGCUCAUUAUCGGUCACCAAUGCGAGUCUGGCGUAAUGGGUACCGGCAGCAACCCUGUUCACAUCCAGAAAUUGUCCUGUACCUGCAGGCACUGCCGGUAUCAUUUCGUUUUCCGUAUCACGCAUAGUGGAGGGCCCGGGCUGUGCGGAAGCCGCAACUUCAAAGACUUCUUCCACCACCUAGUUUAUACCGGCUCCGAGCUGGCAUCUUCCGAGCUUCUAGAACCGAAUGACAAGUACUACCCCCUGGUUGGAGCCGUGACUUACCAGUGUUCAUCAAAGACGUGCUCAUUCGCAGUGCGUCUCGAGAUCUCCCAGCCUCGGUUGCCUGCUCGCUUCAUCGACUUCCUCAGGGAUGAUGCCCGGGUCUUGGCCCGAAGACAGAAAGCGGUCCGGGAAGAUCCUGACAGGUUCAAGGAUCUUCAAGAAAUGAGCCCGGAUCCGCUCAUGUACCUCUGGAUCUACUUGAGGGACAUUGUCGAGCCAAAAACCGACACGGUCAAGCACGAGCGCAAAGUUGAUAAGCGCAACAAGAAAUUCUACAUCCAGUUCGGCAACGAUGCAGACACGAUCGAAUUGUUCCGAUUCCUAGAGUUUGAAGAAUUCACUACUCCUGAGGCAGAGGUGUGGAAGGUUCCCAGCCCAGAGAUGCUCAGGCCCGCUCCCAUCGGCUCGCGACUGGCAUUCUUUCAAGAUCUCAAGAGCGAAAUAGAGACUCUACAAUACCACACAGACCGCGAGGACAUGAAGCCACACCUGGCGAUUGACCACCUGAAACAGGCACUUGGCAUAGACGACGCCAUAGCCGAGACAAAGGUCAACCCCAAAAACUACGAUCCCAACGAUUUUGAUACCCUGGGUAUCAUCCCAGCUCUGCACGAGUCAAUAUUCUGGUAUGCGUUCACCUGCCAGCUGCAGACAUGUCCUCAGUAUGAGCCAACUCUCUUCACCGCUCUUCAAAACCUGUCUCAGGGGCGUGGCAAUGAGGAACUGGACGUGAAGAUCGCAUCCUAUGCCUCCGUAAGAGAUGCUCCACCGCCUCUGUUCGAGGAUGACGAGAUUCGUCGAGCUACCGAGAUGUCCCUGAAGGAUGCUCAAACGCGCACAAACAAGGCUCUCGACGCUGCUUAUGACUAUUUUGGUCUCACCCCCCCAGUCCCUGACGACAUUGUCAUAGGUAAAUACCUAGCCUUUUCCGACUCGUCUCCGAUGCAAAAGGGGGCCCAUAUCGAUAAGCUGGUCAAGAUUGCGAGAGAAACCCACAAUGACAGGUUGCUCGAGCAUGCACAGGGCGCUCUGGAUUAUCAAGGCGCCUUGCAGUAUCUGGGCUUCGAUCGAGACACAGACCCAGAAUUCAUAGCAAGCACCGCGCCGGUUCUAGCUCAGGAAGGAGACAAAGACUAUCUCAUGGUGGCUACAGCUAUGCGAGUGAUCGGCGAUACCCGUCACAGCAUAAUACUGCAGCAUGCGGCUGCCGCCCUGAUGUCAGACAAGGCGGGCAUGUCCGUCGCGGGGACUACAUCCCAGUUUGGCCAAGACGGUCUCGCACCACCUGUUGAGGUGAACAUGUCUCUGCCCGUGGGGCUGCAAAACAUCAGAAACACUUGUUAUCUGAACAGCAUCCUCCAAUACCUCUUUACCGUCAAAUCAGUCCGCGAGAUUGUUCUCAACCGGGAACGGUACUUCUUGGACAUCACGCCAGAGAAUGUCGCCCAGCGACGGAUAGACCCGGGCUCUGCCGCCAUCGAUGUCGGGCAGGCGUUUGCAGGCCAGCAAUUCGUCACAGAACUCUGUACCCUCUUCACUGCGCUGCAAGGCUCCAGCGAGGUCUUUGUCAAACCACGGCAGCAACUUGCUCUCGCAGCUCUGAAGACCUCGAAGCAACUCGAGGACGAUGGUGCCAUUCAGCUCGUCAAGGCUUCGGAGCACACCGGAGCAAAUGAGGGCGACAAAGAUCUACCCCGUCCACCUCCGCUACCCGCCAGGCCGUCCCCAACCCCCCCAAUCCCGCCGGCCCGUUCGGACGGGCCUCAAGUCACCGUGAACGCAAUCGCCGAUCCUGACAGGAUUGAGUCAUCCAGUAGCGUCAGUUCACAGACCCUUGUCGACCAGAUAGACGAGGUUCAGGACCCCGGAUAUGUCAGCAUUUCCAGGCAGGACAGCCGCGGAAGCAUGGGGGAAAAGCCGCGGACUGAGAUCAUCGAAGAUGUCGACAUGGACGGAUCUCCUCCCUCGGCGGUCGGCGACGAUAUGCAGGGUGUAGUUACAUCACCAAGUCAGCAGGGAAUGAUGGAGGGCGCCAUCGCUGCUCCGUCUUCCAAGAUUGAGGCCUCAGUACAGGACAAGAUUAUCAAAGCGCUGAACGACAGUAGCGUCACAGGGACCGAUCAGCAGGAUGUUGAAGAGGUCAUGGGGAACAUCAUCGGUCACCUUCGUGCGGCCAUCAAGCCGACGGGCGUGGACCGAGACACCGACUCCCAGACUGAUCCCAUCAUGGACACCUUCUUCUGGAAAAUUGUGGAUUACACAAAGAUGGGAUCGCAGCAGAACUACAGCCGCAAUGUUGCGUCGACCCGUUGGGUCACUGCUUUCCCUUCACCUACGAAAACCAUCACACUCCUAGACGCCCUCGACGUCAACUUCGGCAUGGAGUAUUUCGGCGAAGGCGACAAGAACCAGCGCUUCGCUUCCAUUGCACAAUUGCCUCCCAUUCUCCAUAUCUGCAUUCAGCGAUCUACGUCGAGCACGCACAAGAACACGAACCCGAUCGUAAUACCCGAAGUACUCUCUCUCGAUCGUUACAUGGACGCCAGUUGGGACUCGGAUCUCAUGGCACGCAGAAAGCGAAGCUGGAAUCUGCACGAGCGGCUCAAGACGAUCAGUGCUCCCAAGCCGGGACCGCAAGAACAGUCUCCGGCUCAACCGGACGGAGCAACUCAGGCCCCCAGUGACGAGAUUGACGAGGUGACUGCCCUCGAGUACGAUACAAUGAUGGUCAGCAACCCUGAGGACGAUUCUGACCUGGAGGGAUUCACCAUCAUCGACGCCCCGACCCGGGCACUCGGCAUUGAUUGCUCUGUUCAGGAUGAACAGCAGGAGGAGGAUGUCACUAUGGGAGUGCCCUUCGAGAACAUCACGGAAGCGAUCGACAGAGGCCUAAUGACGGGCCCGCCGACUGAUCAGAACUCGGACGACGCCGAAGUUCGCGCAGAACUUGACAACCUCUUCGUUGAUAUGACAGACCACAAAUAUCUCCUCCAUGCAGUAAUCUGCCACAUGGGUAAGACCCGGAGCUCAGGGCACUACUGGGUCUGGAUCUACGACUUUGAGAAGGGUCUGUGGCGCAAGUACAACGACAGCAAUGUCUAUGAAGAGACCGAUUCGCGAGCAGUGAUGGAGGAACUUUCGACGAAAGGGGAGCCGUACUACCUGGCGUACGUUCGAGCGGACAAUGUCAGCGAGAUGGUCAACAUACCGAGCCGUGCAGCUUCGUCGGGACCUGCUGUGCGGGCAACCUCAUAA